UUUCGGUCGGGUUUUAGCGCCGGUCGGCUAGGCCAUGGUUCUAGACUAGCCAUCUACCCAGUGAUGGUAGAUAUUCAUCCAUGGGUAAGUGAUUUCGGGAUUCCAGAAUCAUGCCACCCAGCAAUGGGAGAUAUUACCCAGCGAUGGGUAAGCAGCCUUUAGCCCAAUUGAAUUCCAGAACCAUGCCAAACAGCGAUGGGAAGCUCUACCCAUCGCUGUUCAAGCCUUGGUCCAACAUUAUCACAAGGCAGAAUGCCCUUACCCAGCGAUGGGAGAUAUUACCCAUCUAUGGGCUUAGAAUCCCUCCAGGCGUGGUAUGCCAACUUGGUGGUGAAGGGCUCUCCCUUCCAGAUGUCGGUUUCAUCCACUUCCUGGACAUGUUAGACGGCGAUAACCCGCCGGUUUCCGGCGAACAACAGGUGAGGUCCAAGCUCUUCUCUGAUCUUUUCAAACAAUCACCUAAAACCAGCUCUCAGGCUAAUAAGAGUAUGUUCAAAGGCUGCCCGUCCAUAUCCUUCUCUCAAGCAGAUGUCGACGGACUAACAACUUGCUUCAGGUAUGCUUUGAUCGGGAAGUUCAGGAGAAGACCCCCUCUUUUGGUUGUUAAGAACUUCUUGACUCGUUUGGGUUUUUCCGGGGGGUUCACAGUGGGCGAACUCUUUUCCAACAGCUUCCUCAUCAAUUUCGAGCAAGAUGAAGACUACCAGAGAUUCUUUUAUCGUAAGGUUUGGACCAUUGACAAGGAUACCAUGUCUGUAACCAAAUGGUCUCCAACCUUAACACAAGAAGAAGACUCCCCCAUUGUUCCGGUCUGGAUUUCCAUUCCUCACCUUCCAAUUCACCUUCAUGAACAAGCUGCUCUUUUCAGUAUUGCCUCCAUGUUGGGGACCCCUUUAAAGGUUGACAAUGCUACACUCAACUUCGCCAGACCCAAGUUUGCUAGGGUUUGUGUGGAACUUGACGUUUCAAGGAACCUCCACCAACGCAUUCAUGUCAAACAUGCUGAUGCUGAUCUCUUCUUCCAGGUUGUCUAUGAAGAUCCCCCUCUUUUCUGUAAUUCUUGUCGGAAACUGGGUCACAACCAACUGACCUGUAAACCGGUCACACAACCGGUGAAAAGGGAUAUUCCAGCCCAUAAAGUCCAGGACAAUAACGACGACAAAGUCCAGCAGGGAUGGACCAAAGUCACUCGGAAGGGCAAGGCUCCAGCUAUUCCUAAACAGGGGGAUAUUUCCAAACCUGUCCCUCAUGUUUGGGCCCCAAAACCCACUAUAAGAGAAGAACAUGUAGAAACUUCCAAGACGGGUGCAAGAAGGAGGGCUCUAGUGUUUUUACCUUCCACCAAUGUUUUUUUCUUGGACCCUUCUGGGUUGGCUCAUUCAGAUUUACCUCCUCAUGCAGAAGGGACUCCAGUGUCAGAACCUCCUCUUGCAGAAGGGAGCCCAAUGUCAGACUUGCCUACUCCAGGACCUAUUCGGGUUCACAGCCAAGAGGAAGUAGAAGACAUCCCCCUCAAGACAAUCUCCUCCUCAGCUCCUUCUUCUCCAUCUGUCUCCUGGAAUAAGGAACACUUUGGUAACAUUUUUGACCUGGUGAAAGAAGCUGAAGAUGAGGCCUCUACAGCUGAGAUUAACUUUGAGAAAGAUCCUUCAGAUACCAAUCAAGAGAUAGUUAAUCUUAAAAAAGCUCAGCUUUUGCAGGAAAGAAGAAGGCAGCAAAAAAUCAACUCCUUAAAGGAUGAGCAAGGGAAGUUUCAAGAAGAUCCAACAAUUUUAGAAGAUAUGGUUACUUCCUACUACCAUAACCUGUUUAAUUCUGCUGAACCGGAUCCCUCUACAGUAGAUUAUGAUGGCUUCCUGGCAAACAUCCCUAAAAUUUUAGAUCAUCAUCAUAAUCAAGAUCUGAUGCAUUUACCAUCUGAAGAUGAGAUCAAAGCCAUCCUUUUUGACAUGGAGUCUAACUCUUGUGCUGGUCCAGAUGGUUUUAAUGUCAAUUUCUUUAAGGAAUGCUGGGAUAUAGUUAAGAGAGAGGUAAUUUCUGCCUGUCAAGAAGUCUUCUUGGGCAUUCCACUCCCCGUGGCUGCUGCAAGCACCAAUAUCUGCCUUAUUCCCAAAUGUGAUAAUGCAUCUAGACUGAAUGAUUUUAGGCCUGUAUGUUUAUCAACUGUUGCCUCUAAAAUUGCAACAAAAUGCAUUGCCAAGAGACUUAGCAAGGUGCUUCCUUUGAUCAUCUCUGAAGAACAAGGGGCAUUUGUGGCUGGUAGGGAUAUCAUGGAGCAGAUUCUUCUUACAAAAGAAAUGGCCCAUAACAUUGAUAGAAAAGCUGGGGGUGGCAACAUUAUCCUCAAGCUUGACAUGGCCAAAGCCUUCGAUAAGUUAAAAUUCAACUGUGGCAGAAACAGCAUUCCUGUCACCCACUUGGCUUAUGCCGAUGACCUCAUUAUCUUCACCAAUGCUCAUCUCAGAUCUAUUUCCAAUUUGAAGACAUUCUUGGCUAAAUAUCAACAGGUCUCUGGUCAGACUAUUAACUCCUCUAAGAGCAGCUUCAUGGUUGGGAAGAAGUUUAAUACUAUGAGAAUAAGGAAGCUGGAACAACUCUUGACCAUGCCACACAGAAAGCUCCCUUUUACCUACCUGGGUAGCCCUAUCCACUCUGGCAUCACAAGGAAACACCAUUGUACACCUCUCAUUUCUUCCUUUGACAAGAAACUCAAUGGAUGGAUUCCAUUGUUCAGUAAAAAUUCAGUCUCCUCUUUCCCAAUUGACGUUUUGGGUCAACUCAUUCUUCAAAAUGGGAUUCAAGUUUCUCACAUUUUACGGGAAGGGAACUCUGCUGCAGAUGGUCUCGCAAAGUCCGCCAUAACUGUUUUUGUUGGGUUGACCUUCAUCGUCAGACCGCCAUUGAUUGCCGAACAAAGUCCAGUGCCGCAGUUAGAGUCCCAUUUGGCAAUUCAUUAUUGUCGUCACCCUUAAGUUUUCAAAACAAAGGGUUGAUUUUGUU